UUUCUCUCUCCACAAACCCACAUGGGAAGCAGCGUCACUCAGUCACAUUACUUAACGCGUUCUCUCCCAAAAAUAUCUUCAAAUUCGAUUCUAUCCUAAGUUAUAACCCUCUACAUUACAACCCCAUUGUUCUUAACAUGUUACCUACACCCCACAUUCACCACCACUAACACCAAUUUUCCAUUGACCCAUUAUUUUUCAACCUUUUUCUGUUCGUUAUAGCCACGAAAUUGCCGCUGUUAACAGCGUGGCUUAAGCCUAAUUAUCGUUACUUUUUAACGUGCUUAUAAGUCUCUUCUAUUUUUCAUUCAUUCAAAUAUCAAUCAAAAACACUCUUUAGAAUAACCAUAAGCCACACAAAACAGAGAGAGAGAAAAUAAAAGGGUCGUUUUAUUAGAUUAGAUCUCUGCACAAAAAAAAAAAAAAACACAUUUUUCAAGGACCCUUUUUGGUUGUAUUUCAAAAACAACCAUUAAAGGCGUUACCUUGUUUUGAGAUUUUUUUUACAUUGUUGCAGGAUCUGAUAAAAAACCACAGAUUCAGAUACCCUUUAGCGAGUUUUGUAAUUUUCUCUUGUUUUUCUCAUCUGGGUUGUUUUUGUUUUUGGUGCUGGCAUUAUUACCAUGGAGGUUGAGAAGAAGAAGUACAUAACAUCUGAGGAACUGAAAAAGCAUGACAAAGAAGGGGAUCUAUGGAUCUCAAUUCAGGGUAAGGUUUACAAUGUUUCAGAUUGGGCUAAAAAACAUCCUGGUGGAGAGGUUGUUUUGUUGAAUCUUGCUGGUCAGGAUGUAACUGAUGCAUUCAUAGCAUAUCAUCCUGGUUCAGCAUGGAAACAUCUUGACCAGUUUUUCACUGGCUAUUACCUUGAGGAUUUUAAGGUAUCUGAAGUUUCUAAAGAUUAUAGGAGACUUGUUUCUGAGUUUGUCAAAAUGGGUUUGUUUGAAAAGAAAGAACAUGUUGCUUUAUUCACAUUAACAUCUGUUGCUAUUAUGCUUGCUAUUGUUGUUUAUGGUGUUGUUGGUUGUACAAGUGUUUGGGCUCAUUUAGGUUCUGGUAUGUUGUUGGGUUUGCUAUGGAUGCAAAGUACUUAUAUUGGUCAUGAUUCUGGUCAUUAUGAGGUUAUGUCGAGUCGAAGUUAUAACAAAUUAGCACAAAUUCUUUGUGGUAAUUGUAUGACUGGUAUAAGUAUUGCUUGGUGGAAAUGGACUCAUAAUGCUCAUCAUAUUGCUUGCAAUAGUCUUGAUUAUGAUCCUGAUUUGCAGCAUAUCCCUGUUUUCGCUGUCUCAUCGCGAUUCUUUGGUUCGAUUAAAUCUUAUUUCUAUGAUAGACAGUUAAAGUUUGAUGCUUUGUCAAGGUUUCUUAUCAGUUACCAGCAUAUCACCUUUUACCCUGUCUUGUGUUUUGCAAGGCUUAACUUGUACCUUCAAACAUUUUUGCUCUUGUUUUCGCCAUCACGAAAUGUUCCUGAUAGGCUUUACAACAUCAUGGGUAUCGGUGUGUUCUGGACUUGGUUCCCUCUGCUAUUGUCAGCCCUCCCAAGUUGGCCAGAAAGGCUCAUGUUUGUUCUUGCUUGUUUUGUUGUUUGUUCCAUCCAACAUCUUCAAUUCUGUUUGAACCAUUUCGCUGCAAACGUGUAUCUCGGUCCACCGAGCGGAAAUGAUUGGUUUCAGAAACAAACAGCUGGAACAUUGGAUAUCACUUGUUCAACAUGGAUGGAUUGGUUCUUUGGUGGUUUGCAGUUUCAGCUUGAACAUCAUUUGUUUCCAAGGCUUCCUAGGGCUCAAUUGAGGAAGGUUUCGCCAUUGGUGAUUGAUCUAUGCAAGAAGCAUAAUUUGCCUUACAGAAGUUUGUCAUUUGUUGAGGCAAAUCUUUGGACUCUCAAGACUCUUAGGACUGCUGCAUUGCAAGCAAGGGAUUUCACCAACUCUGCUCCACAGAACUUGUUGUGGGAAGCUUUUAAUACUCAUGGCUGAGCUUGAGAUGAGAGCAUGUGGAUUUUGUGCUGUGCUGUGAAGAGAACAUUAUCAAGUUUUUUUUUCCUCUUAUUAUCAAACAUUAUGUUAUUUUCAGUAUGUUAAACUUUAUGUAUUGAAUUCAAUUUCUCUCUUUUAUUAGGUAUGUUUUGUUGUAAUAAUUGAUGGUAUGAUCACUUUUUAUGUGUUCCUACAUCUGAACAAAAAAUUUCAGGUUAUAUUUGCAUAUUCUUAUUA